CUAGACUCGCAAGUCUUUGCAGGAAAGUCUUCGUAAAAAACAAAAUCUCUUCCCUUUUGCCUUUCCUUCCUGUUCUGACUUCCCAAUUCUCGCUUCCCGUCUUGAAGCACUUGUCGGGAGAGAACUCUCCUUCCUCUCUAAAACCCAGGCACGGAGAAACCUUCACCAAAAUUCAAACACUCACUGUUUCUAUUUAGCCUUCAAUGGUGGAUCUCUUUGAAUCCAUGCCCCAUUAACGGAUUCCGGUUCGUUUGAGUUUUUCCCGGGGUUUUACGAGAUGGAUAGACGAUUUAGAUCUGGGUUUUGUGUGUUGAUGAUUUUGAUUUGUAUUGGUAUUUGUGGGUUCGGUUCGGUAUAUGGAGAGAAUCGAAGACCCAAGAACGUGCAGGUUGCUGUUCGUGCCAAGUGGUCUGGAACUCCGGUGCUUUUGGAAGCUGGGGAAUUGCUAUCUAGAGAAAGGAAGCAUUUUUUCUGGGAGUUCACUGAUAUUUGGCUUCGAGCCGAAAGGGAUGAUGCUGAUUCUCAUUCAGCAAAAGAUUGCCUUAAAAGAAUUGUUAACCAUGCAAGCACUCUUUUGAAUGAACCAUUGGCAUUACUAUUUGAAUUGUCUCUUACUCUCAGAUCAUCAUCCCCAAGAUUGGUGCUUUUUCGACAAUUGGCUGAGGAAUCUCUUUCAUCUUUUCCCUUAGCCGAUGAUAGUAACUUGAACAAUGUUCAUGGAGGCACAGAAAUGAGAAAAUCGGAUUCCCUGCUUGUUGGCAUUAAUCCAAAAAGUCCUAGUGGAAAUUGUUGCUGGGUGGAUACUGGUGAGGCAUUGUUCUUUGAUGUUUCAGAGUUACUGUUGUGGCUUCGCAACCCUUCUGAAUCUCCUCUUGACACAUUUCAGCAUCCUGAAAUUUUUGAUUUUGAUCAUGUCCAUCAUGAUUCAUAUCCUGGAAGUCGAGUUGUUAUUUUGUAUGGAGCUCUUGGAACUGACUGCUUUAGGGAGUUCCAUACCACUUUGACCAAAGCUGUGAAAGAGGGAAAGGUUAAGUAUGUGGUUAGACCCGUAUUACCUUCAGGCUGUGAAACAAAAGUAAACCGUUGUGGUGCUGUUGGUGGUAGAGACUCCUUGAACUUGGGUGGGUAUGGUGUAGAACUUGCUUUGAAGAAUAUGGAAUACAAGGCUAUGGAUGACAGCUCUAUCAAGAAAGGUGUCACGCUUGAAGAUCCUCGGACUGAAGAUCUAAGCCAAGAAGUUAGAGGGUUCAUAUUUUCUACAAUUCUGGAACGUAAACCAGAGCUUACAUCGGAGAUAAUGGCUUUCAGAGAUGAUCUAUUGUCAUCAACUAUAUCAGACACACUGGAUGUCUGGGAACUGAAGGAUCUAGGGCACCAAACUGCUCAGAGAAUCGUCCAUGCCUCUGAUCCUCUGCAGUCAAUGCAAGAAAUCAACCAAAAUUUUCCUAGUGUAGUUUCCUCCUUGUCUCGAAUGAAGCUCAAUGAGUCAAUUAAAGAUGAAAUAAUAGCAAACCAGCGAAUGAUCCCUCCUGGCAAGUCCUUACUGGCUCUGAAUGGAGCCUUAAUCAACAUCGAGGAUAUUGACCUUUUCCUGUUGCUUGAUUUGGUCCAACAGGACUUCUCUUUGGCUGAUCAAUUUUCAAAAUUGAAGAUUCCUCAUAGUGCCAUACGGAAACUCCUAAUGGCAAUGGCUCCUGCUGAGUCAAAUAUGUUCCGUAUUGAUUUUCGGUCGACUCAUGUUCACUAUCUCAACAACUUGGAGGAGGAUGCAAUGUAUAAGAGAUGGCGGAACAAUUUAAACGAGAUCUUGAUGCCUGUCUUCCCUGGACAACUACGUUACAUCCGCAAGAACCUGUUCCAUGCAGUAUAUGUUCUUGAUCCAGCCACCAUUUGUGGCCUCGAGUCCAUCGAUAUGAUUACAUCUUUAUAUGAAAAUAGCUUUCCGAUGAGAUUUGGGAUAAUACUUUAUUCUUCAAAGUUAAUUAAGAAGAUUGAAAUGAAUGGUGGUGAACUCUAUUCAUCUGCAGUUGGUAACAGCCAGACUGAGGAGGAUAUGUCGAGUUUGAUCAUACGUCUUUUCAUUUAUAUCAAGGAACAAUAUGGCUCUCAAACUGCAUUUCAGUUCUUGAGUAAUGUAAAUAGAUUACGUACAGAAUCAGCAGAUAAUGCAGAUGAUGUUCUGGAAAUGCAUCAUGUUGAAGGAGCAUUUGUGGAAACAGUAUUACCAAAGGCAAAAGCCCCUCCUCAGGAUACAUUGCUGAAGCUGGAGAAGGAGGAAACUUACAAGGAACUCUCUCAAGAAAGUUCCAUGUUUGUGUUUAAACUCGGUCUAGCCAAGCUGCAGUGUUGCCUCUUGAUGAAUGGUCUUGUCUCUGAUUCCGGUGAGGAUGCUCUGAUGAAUGCCAUGAAUGAUGAGCUUCCUAGAAUUCAGGAACAAGUAUACUAUGGGCAAAUAAAUUCUCACACCGAUGUGCUGGACAAGUUCCUGUCAGAAAGUGGUAUUAGUCGCUAUAAUCCACAGAUUAUCGCUGUCGGCAAGGUCAAACCUAGAUUCAUUCCUCUUUCUUCAUUAGUUGUGGGAGGGGAAUCUGUGCUAGAUGAUAUUAACUACUUGCAUUCUCCUGAAACUAUGGAUGAUUUGAAGCCUGUAACUCAUAUUCUCACGGUUGAUGUCACAUCAGAGAAAGGGUUGAAGCUGCUUCACGAAGGGAUACGUUAUAUGAUAGAAGGGUCUAAAAGUGCUCGCGUAGGUGUGCUAUUUGGUGCCAAACAAUAUGCUGAUCCACUUAGUCUCCUUUUCGUCAAAGUUUAUCAAGUGACUGUGUCCUCAUAUGGCCAUAAGAAAAAGCUAUUGAACUUUUUGGAUCAGUUGUGCUUAUUCUAUGCACAAAAGUACAUCCGUACAUUGCCCACAGAUGCUGAAAGCAAGCAAGAGUUUGUAGAUAAGGUCUAUGAGCUUGCUGAGGCAAAUGAGUUACCAUUGAAGGCCUAUAAAUCUACUCUUCAUGAACCUUUUGAUGACAAAACAAGAUCACACUUGAAUAAGGUUUCACAGUUUUUGUUCAGACUACUUGGGCUUGAAUCCAGUGUUAAUGCAGUCAUCACUAAUGGAAGGGUCAUUUUACUGAGUGAUGAGGAAACAUUCUUGAGCAACGAUUUGCAUCUUCUAGAGUCCGUGGAGUUUAAGCUAAGAGUAAAGCCAAUAGUGGAAAUUAUUGAAGAAGUGAAGUGGCAAAACGUAGAUCCCGAUGUUAUAACCAGCAAGUUUUUUAGCGAUAUUAUUAUGCUUGUCUCAUCAUCAAUGGCUAUGCGGGUGCGAAGUUCUGAAAGUGCACGUUUUGAGGUACUGAAUGCACAAUAUAGUGCUGUUAUCAUAAAUAACGAAAAUUCCAGUCUUCAUAUUGAUGCUGUUCUUGAUCCAUUAAGUCCAUCUGGUCAGAAGUUGUCUUCUCUUCUUCGAGUUUUGGGAAAAUAUGUGAAACCAAGCAUGAGAAUUGUGUUGAAUCCAUUGAGCUCUCUUGUUGAUCUUCCUUUGAAGAACUAUUACAGAUAUGUGGUGCCAACCAUGGAUGACUUCAGCAGUACUGAUUACACAAUAAAUGGCCCUAAAGCGUUCUUCGCAAAUAUGCCAUUGUCAAAAACCCUAACCAUGAAUCUUGACGUUCCCGAACCAUGGCUUAUUGAGCCCGUUAUUGCUGUCCAUGACCUGGAUAACAUCUUGCUUGAUAAUCUGGGUGAUACAAGGACGCUGCAAGCUGUUUUUGAACUUGAAGCUCUUGUUCUUACUGGUCAUUGUUCUGAGAAGGAUCAUGAUCCUCCCAGAGGCCUUCAGCUGAUCCUUGGAACUAGGAGUACACCCCACUUGGUUGAUACUCUUGUGAUGGCCAACUUGGGUUAUUGGCAAAUGAAAGUAUCUCCUGGGGUUUGGUACCUGCAGCUAGCUCCAGGUCGGAGCUCUGAGCUUUAUGUUUUGAAGCAAGAUGGGAAUGAAAGUGGCGACAAGCCUAUAUCAAAACGUAUAACCAUAGAUGAUUUGCGGGGUAAAGUGGUUCAUUUGGAAGUCAUGAAGAAGAAAGGGAUGGAACAUGAGAAAUUGCUGAUACCUACUGAUGAGGAUGGUUACUCCCAAGAGAAGAAGAAAGGAAGUAAUAGCUGGAAUUCUAACCUUCUGAAAUGGGCCUCUGGUUUUAUUGGGAGCAGUGGGCAAUCAAAGAAUAGUGAAAAUGUUUCAGUGGAGCAUGGGAAAGGCGGACGACAAGGAAAAACAAUAAAUAUUUUUUCCAUUGCUUCUGGACACCUGUAUGAACGUUUUCUCAAAAUCAUGAUUCUUAGCGUCUUAAAGAACACCCACCGUCCGGUGAAAUUUUGGUUCAUAAAGAACUAUCUCUCUCCUCAGUUUAAGGAUGUGAUUCCACAUAUGGCACAGGAAUAUGGUUUUGAUUAUGAACUAAUCACCUACAAAUGGCCCACCUGGUUACAUAAGCAGAAGGAAAAGCAGCGAAUUAUAUGGGCUUAUAAAAUCUUGUUCCUUGAUGUUAUCUUUCCCCUGUCUUUAGAGAAGGUUAUAUUUGUUGAUGCAGAUCAGGUUGUCCGAGCAGACAUGGGAGAACUAUAUGACAUGGAUAUUAAAGGAAGACCUCUUGCAUAUACUCCUUUCUGUGAUAACAACAAGGAUAUGGAUGGAUACCGGUUUUGGAGCCAAGGUUUUUGGAAAGAUCAUUUAAGGGGUAGACCAUACCAUAUCAGUGCGUUAUAUGUCGUCGAUUUGGUGAAAUUCAGAGAAACUGCGGCAGGAGAUAAUCUUAGAGUUUUUUAUGAAACACUUAGCAAAGAUCCAAACAGUCUAUCCAAUCUAGAUCAGGAUCUUCCGAAUUAUGCUCAGCAUACAGUGCCAAUCUUCUCACUGCCCCAGGAAUGGCUAUGGUGUGAAUCAUGGUGUGGUAAUGCCACAAAACCAAAGGCAAAAACCAUUGACCUUUGCAACAAUCCUAUGACAAAGGAACCCAAGCUUCAGGGAGCAAAAAGAAUUGUUUCAGAAUGGGUGGAUCUUGACUUGGAGGCGAGAAAAUUUACUGCAAAAUUUUUGGGUGAAGAGGAUCCUGAGGAGUCCUUGACAUCCCCCGACCAACCAGAUAAUUCAAUGGACACUAAUCCAUCGGAAGAAGAUUUGGAAUCUAAAGCUGAGUUGUGAUUGGUAUACAAGCAACUUCAAUUUUAUCAGCAAUUUUGUCGAAGAUUCAAAAGAUCUGGUGAAACUACUUCUCCAUUCUAACUGAUUACAUGAUGCUCCUCCAUUUCAAGCAUUACAGGGAAGAGUUGCGUUACGUUUCCCUACAUCUGCACAUGCAGGUAGUGAUAUUCCUUGAAGACGUGCCAUUUCUAGCUAUAAAUGUUGCAGAGAAAUCUGCUAUAACAACUAGAAAAUCAGCCUAUCAGCCCGAGAUUUUGUAGUCCAUGAUUAAAUACAAGUUCAAAAUAUUUUUUGGCUGAGAGCAUAGUGAUUCCAGCAGUGAAUUGAUUUGGAUGCAAUCCACACCACAAAAUUUAAAUUUGUU